CAAUCAGAGCAGCCCAAGCAUCGUAAGCACACAUGCACAAUUAUUGUUCGGGCCAACACGGAAGCAGAAGGCACCAUGGACACACAGCAGCCUCUUCUUCCUCUGGUGGUGGUCCCACUCCUCGUCGUCCUUCCUCUCCUCUACCUGCUCUUGUCGUGGAGGAGGAAGAAGGGAGCAGCCGAUGAUGGAAGGAGAGCUCCGCCGCCGGGGCCCCCGGAGCAGCUGCCGGUGCUGGGCAACCUCCUCCAGAUCGGCAGCCGGCCGCACCGCUACUUCCAUGCGGUGGCGCGGAGGUACGGCCCCGUCGUGGAGGUGCGGCUCGGCCGCGUGCGCACCGUGGUCGUCUCGUCGCCGGAGGCCGCCAAGGACCUCCUCCGGACCAACGACCAGCACUGCUGCAGCCGCCCCAACUCGCCAGGUCCCAGGGUGCUGAGCUACGACUUCCUGGACGUGGCCUUCAGCCCCUACAGCGACUACUGGCGGGAGAUGCGUAAGCUCUUCAUCCUCGAGCUCCUCAGCAUGCGCCGCGUCCAGUCCUUCGCCUACGCCCGCGCCGCCGAGGUCGACCGCCUCGUCGCCUCCCUCGCCGCCGCCGCUGGCAGCUCCUCCUCCCCUCAUCAUCCGGGCGCCCCCGUCGUCGACCUCAGCGAGAAGCUGUACGCGCUCUUCGACGGCAUCGUCGGCACGGUGGCGUUCGGCAAGAUGUACGGGUCGGCGCAGUUCGAGCGGAGCAGCUUCCAGCGGGUCAUGGAGGACACGCUGCGCGUGCUGGGGAGCUUCACCUUCGAGGACUUCUUCCCGGCGUCGCGCCUCGCCCGGUGCGCCGACGCCCUCACCGGCGCCGCCGCCCGGAGGCGGCGCAUCUUCCGCCAGAUCGACCGUUUCUUCGACUCGGUCAUCGAUAAGCACCUCGAGCCUGAGCGGCUGCAGGCUGGGGUGCAGGAGGAUAUGGUGGACGCGCUGGUGAAGAUGUGGAGGGAGAAGGACGACGAGGCUGUUGGGCUGACGCGCGCCCAUAUCAAGGGAAUCCUCUUGGAUACAUUUUCAGGAGGCAUCGACACUUGCUCGGUGACGAUGAUCUGGAUCAUGUCCGAGCUCAUGAGGAACCCGAAGGUGAUGCGGAAGGCGCAAGCCGAGGUCCGCGGUCUGGUGGAAAACAAAACAAGAGUGGAUGAAGAAGAUGUCAAAAAACUCAGGUACCUAAAGAUGGUGGUGAAGGAAAACUUCAGGCUGCACCCACCGGGGACCCUGUUGAUCCCAAGGGAAACCAUGCAGAGGUGCGUGAUCGGCGGCUACGACGUGCUUCCGGGCACAAGAGUGUUUGUGAACGUUUGGGCCAUGGGGAGGGAUCCUAGCAUUUGGGAUGACCCGGAGGAGUUCAGGCCCGAGCGGUUCGAGGGAAGCCAUGUUGAUUUCAGAGGCUCGGAUUUUGAGCUCCUCCCGUUCGGUUCAGGGCGAAGGUCAUGCCCUGCCGUGGCCAUGGGCGUCGCCAAUGUGGAGCUUGCACUGGCCAACCUGCUGUAUUGCUUUGACUGGGAACUUCCUCAAGGGAUGAUGGAGGAGGACAUUGAUAUGGAAGAAACCGGGCAGCUUGUGUUUAGGAAGAUGGUGCCUCUUUGUCUUGUGCCUAUCAAGCGUGUAUAAGUUGUACGAUUCGAGAGUGAUGGACUACUACAUUCUUUCAAGAUUUCGUCCUAAUAAAUUGAACUAUUUUACGUAGUUUGCUUGA